GUUCUCUUGCCGUCACUCCCAAGGCCGCAACGACAUUUGUCUCGCAGAUCGCGCAACACACAAGCAACACAUGGUGAGGGGUGACGAUAUCGGACGGCUAUCACCGGUCAUCUUUCAUAACAAGACGGCAUGGAAACUCUGAGCACGCGAUACGAGCUGACUGCUGACAGUAAGGAAUGACCCUCACCGCAAAAAUUGCUCCUUCGGCAUUGGAGGGAUGGGAUCUGGCCCAAGGCAAGUGCAUCCGAGAUCCUAGUCAUAAGGGAUCGCCCUGUUCUCUUUCUUCCAGAGUGUCUCUUCCUCGCUGCGGGGUGCGGGAGGCGACAUGCCGUUGAUGUGCCACAGUUGGGGCUGGAUAAAUGAUCGGCAAAGCAUUGGCAAUCGGCCAAAGAGAUGGCUUACGUCGGCAUCUUCGACCCCGAUCUCCCAGUCUACACCGCGCCCAGCGGUAUAGGGCUUGAGCGUUUCCUCAUACCUCGCCAUGAAUUCACGCUUACGCGUGAUUCUGAUGGAGUGCUUGAGCCCGUGCCUGCUGUAUCAGACCGGAGGAACAACGCACCCGGCAUCUCCAACGGGGAACGUGCGUGCGACAUGUUCGACUUGGAUGCGGACCAUGUUGUCGGCGCGUUUGGUCUCGGCACCGACGAAGAAGUUGCCUUGAUCGAGUUCGAUGAAAGAAACGACGACAUAGAACGCCGGGAGUGAUACUGGCGGGGCUGUGUAGAGCGCCGUGAUAUCCUGAGCGAGUGCCGCCUUCUCGGCAUCCGAAUAGAGCCCUUUGGGAGUGUAGAAUCGGUGGAAAGGCAUCGUUGUUGAAGUCUCAGUCUGGAUCGCAAUGGGGCAGUUGAACUGUGCAAAAUCAUACCAUUAGCUCUUCUUAUAUACAUACUCGCACAACGCCACGUAAGUCCCCGAGGGUCC